UUGGGAUGGAUCAAAGUCUCUCAAGUCUGUCGUUACUGGAGACAAAUUACUCUCACUACCCCAAUGUUAUGGACCCGCACCGUCUUCGAUCUCGGCCUCAGAUGGGCCCUGGAGACACUCACGCGCUCCAAAACAGUGCCAAUUAUCAUCAAACACAGUGCUAUCAUUUUUGCAAGCCGUUUGAACCAAAGGCUGCCGGUUGCUAUGCCGGUUGACCUGGUUGCUGCUUAUUUGUCUCACACAAGGGUGAUAGAUUUAUAUGGCAGUGAUAAAGAUUUAUCGCUUGUUAUUCAGUCUCUGAUCCUUGCUGCCCCCGUUCUAGAGCGUGUCAGACUGAAGAAUAAUUCAUCGUAUGGGGCGAUCAGUGUUAUAUCGAAUUUUCCUCAUGAUUUGUUUGUUCAAUUCGCCCCCCUUCUGCGCACAGCCUCGUUCAACGGAUUUAGAAUCCCCUGGUCCUCUGGAUUCCUACAUAAUCUGAUGAAUCUGUCUGUUUCAUUACCCUCGACUGCUUCCGAUUCGUCAGCAUUACCGCCUCCAGACGAGUUUUAUGAAGGAUUGUCUCAUAUGACACAUCUGGCGCAUUUAUCACUCGACCUUCUCAUCCCAGUCACAUAA